AUGCGUCUAUUCAAAAAUGCGGCCCACGGUUCGUGGAGAGGGGUAUUAACUGUUGCCCUCUUGGGAACUUCAACGGUGAAAGCAAUGAAUUUGGAUCUUGAGGACGGAGGCUCAAUCAAGCAUGUGGCCAAGCAGGUCGCAACCAAUAUGAUGAGUUACUAUACCGGGAUGAACCCAGGCGAUAAUCCUGGAAAUCUACCCGAUCCCUAUUACUGGUGGGAAGCGGGCGCAAUGUUCAACUCUCUUAUCGAUUACUGGUUUUAUACAGGCGAUGACACCUGGAAUGAUAUCACAAUCCAAGCCAUGCUUUGGCAGGCAGGGGAAAACAAAGCGUUUAUGCCAAACAAUCAAAGCAAAACCGAAGGCAAUGACGAUCAGGUCUUCUGGGCCUUCGCUGCCAUGUCUGCCGCAGAACGAAAUUUCCCAAACCCACCCGAUGAUCAACCCCAAUGGCUUGAGAUGGCGCAGGCAGUUUUCAACACGCAGGCACCAAGGUGGGAUACCUCUUCCUGUGGUGGAGGCUUGCGCUGGCAGAUAUUCACUUGGAACAAUGGCUACAAUUAUAAGAACACCAUCUCCACCGGUGGCUUCUUCCAUCUCGCUGCUCGGCUAGCAAAAUACACCAACAAUCAAACAUACGCAGAUUGGGCUGAGAAAGCAUGGGACUGGACUGCCGAUGUCGGCUUCAUGACCCCCGAGUAUCGCUUCUUGGACGGGGCUAGCGAUCUGACUGAGUGCAAGCCAGUCAAUAGAAUUGAAUGGACCUAUAACGCUGGAGUCUAUCUGCUAGGUGCUGCCAAUAUGUAUAAUUUGACGGAAGAUCCAAAGUGGAAAGAUCGUACCCAGAAAAUUGUCGAUUCCACCAGUGUUUUCUUCUCACAUGAUCCACCAAAUGUGAUGUUCGAGCGUGCUUGUGAAUCAGUCAAUACCUGCAUGGUUGACCAACGAUCAUUCAAAGGUUAUUUGGCCCGUUGGAUGGCCCAGACCACCCAAAUGGCACCUUUCACAUAUGAUAAAAUCAUGGAGCGGUUAAAGGCUUCUGGGGCAGCUGCAGCCAAAACUUGCACAGGCGGCGAGAAGAAAAACGUCUGCGGUCUCAGAUGGAUAGACCAGAAGUGGGACAAAACAAAGGAUUUUGGCCAGCAAAUGGCUGCUCUCGAAGUAAUCCAAGCAAACCUCAUCACCCGUGUGGAAGCCCCGGUCACCAAAGAUGACGGUGGCACGAGUAAGGGGAAUCCAAACGCGGGCUCCAAGCCUCCGAAGACUGUUCCACCUGGCCUUGACUAUCCUAUCACCACGGGCGACAAAGCCGGCGCGGGCAUCUUGACAGUGCUAGUUUUGAUAGGCAUCGGCGGCUCCUGUGGGUGGCUAAUUUGGGAUUGA